CAAACAUUAACUUGUUCUCUUCCAAGAAUCAAGACCGUGGGCUUGAUGCUAAAGGGGUUUUUGCUUACUUCGAAGGAUUUAGCAUUGAAUCAUGCUCAAAGUUUUCGUUUAUCUGUUGAUGAGAAAUUCCUCCUAUUUCCAAGGCAUAUAAACUUACAUGGCAUGGAUGGACUCUGCUUAAAUGAAAGAGCUAAACCCAAUGACAAGGGUAAGAAGAAGAAAGAAUUGGGCCCAGAUCCCAACUCACGAAUGUUGGUUGUUUCUUCACAAGCCCAACUUUCUAUGGAUGAAGCCAGGAUAGUGCACUGUGUGAAUGACAUAUCCAAAGGUGAAGAGAGUGUGAGGAUCUCAGUGGUAAAUGAAGUUAGCAGUGAACGCUACCCUCCCUCAUUUCAGUAUAUCCCAAAAAAUAUUGUUUAUAAAAAUGCAUAUGGAAAUUUCUCUCUUGCUCGCAUUGGUGAUGAAGGCUGUUGUCCGGAGUGUUUAGGUGAUUGUUUAUCUUCGUCACUCUCAUGUGCCUGUGCUCGUGAGACAGGAGGUGAGUAUGCCUAUGCUUUGGAUGGCCUUCUCAAGAAAGAAUUUCUGGACCAAGCACUUUCUAUGAACCGAGACCCAGAAAAGCAUUAUCACUUUUACUGCAAAGGUUACCUCCUUGAAAGGUCAGGGAAUGAAGACAAACCAGCUGCAUGCAAAGGGCACCUGGUAUUUUUUACCUCGGAAGGAAAGGGAUGGGGUCUUCGGACUCUCGAGGAAUUACCUAGAGGUACUUUUGUAUGUGAGUAUGUUGGUGAAGUGUUGACUAACACUGAGCUCUAUAAUUGAAAUGCUCAAGGCGAUGGAGUUGAAAGGCAUACAUACCCAGUGCUACUGGAUGCUGAUUGGUGUAAAGAGGGAGUAUUGAAAGAUGAAGAGGCACUUUGUCUGGAUGCAACACAUUUUGGAAAUGUUGGCAGAUUCGUCAAUCAUAGGUGUGGUGAUGCAAAUUUGGUGGAGAUACCAGUUGAAAUAGAGGUGCCAGAUCAUCACUAGUAUCAUCUUGCCUUCUUUACAACGAGAAAAGUAGAAGCACUAGAUGAGCUUACUUGGGACUAUGGUAUAGAUUUUGAAGACCAUGACCACCCUGUGAAAGCUUUCAAAUGUCUUUGUGGAAGCAAACUCUGCAGAGGAAUUGGGCAACGAAGCAGGACAAAGGUCAGGCCGCUUACUGUUGACGGCUCAUACCGAACAUGAUUCUGAGAUCUCUCAACUUCACUAUAACUGGUUUCAACGCAUUAGCAUACUGGGUUCUGAGUAGAUGGACAAAAUUGUACAGUGGCUACCAGUCCAAAUCAAUCCAAUUAGGCGUUUUCCCAUGUAGUUGUUUUAUAUUUUGUCUUAAUACUUUUGGAUCUAAUUCUAUGGAUUGGUGGCGGUUUUUCUGACUUUGCAGCUUCCAGGCUUCUUGUGCUCAACAAUGUUGUGGACCAUUCGUUUUCUCCUAACUUCUGCGUUCAGUUUGGAGUUCCGGUUUCAUGGUUUGGAUUCAAAUUUUACAGUUCUUGGUUGUGGCUUUGUUUGGAUAUUUUCUGGAAUUUUGGUUGCCGUUGCAGAAGGGGAUUUGGCU